CUCUAUGGUUUGUUCAUCAGAUCAAGAGAGGUUUUUUUUUUUUUUUUUUCCCAAUUGGGCAUGAACAGCUCCGCCGUCAGAUGAAUGGCGGAGUUGGUGGGCAAGAGAGUGAAGAAAGAGUUCAAAGGGUUUGGGUUUUUCAACGGCGUCGUCAGCUCGUUCGACCCUUCAACUGGGUUCUUCGAAAUCUUGUACGAGGACGGAGACUCGGAGGAGCUCGAGUUCCAGGAGAUUUCCUCCCUCCUGGAAAACGGAUCGGCGUCGAUCCUGAACAAUCGUCAAUCUGCUUGCGCUGCUGCUGACGCAACCAAGAAGAAGCCGUGGAUACGCCGUCGUGUUGGCGAUGAUUCAGGCGCAGUCGGUUCCACUUUCUCCGGCAGAAGUAAGGAAACCCCCACCAGCACCACCGUCUGUCGCCCAUUUGUCAAAACGGUGUGUUUGGAUAAAUGGUGGUUGAUUAAGGUUGAAAGGGAUUCCAAAGGAAGAAGAGGACUUGGUGUUGCAGGGUUUGCACUUAGAGAGGGACAAGAGACAAGGGCUUUUUUCUCUGCAGCAAUUGCCAAGAGGCAUGAUACAGUCACUCUUGAGACAACAGAUGGCAUCACAAUUAAAAUCAAUGGCUUCAUCAAUAGGUCUGACACUGCCAAAAAUGGGUUUCCAUCUGAGGUUGGCAAUCGUUUUCGUUCUGGAUUUCCUCAUAACUGGGAGGAAUAUGCUGGUCGAUUUUGCAGUGAAGAAUCUGGAAAUGGAGCUAUUCCAUCCAAGAUUUCUAACUUAGAUGGAUUUGAUGGUUCUUCAGUUGACGGUACAGACAGCUCCCUACCAUUUUGCUUGGAUGAUCUUCCAGUGACUUUCGUACGUGAUCUGUUAAUGUCCAGUGGUGCAGAUUCCAGAGUGUUAGGAAAGAGUAUUAUGAAUGAUAUCAUGCAACAUUUUGGGGGUAAUGAAGCUACUGGUAAGGAGAAGAGAAAAGAUAAUUAUGGCACGCAUCCGCUGAUGACUCAGAAUUUUGUACGUAAACAAGUUCCCAGACAUCAUGACAAAACUAAGGGUGAUGAUAAGUGCAAAGAUGAUGGUAGCAGCCAACAUUCAACAGAUAGAGGAAAAGUAAAUUUUCAAAAAAUUGCUGGUGAAUGUGAAACGGGUAUUGAUGUCGAUAGCUUAAGUGGAGGAGUUAUGACAAGAAGCAUGUCAAGAUUGAGUAAUCUGAGAAACAAGCGGGAGAACAAUUUUUCACCUAGCACUUCUGUGACGUGUAGGGUUACUGAGGUCUCUGGAGGCCAAUGUGGCCUGACUGUAAAUACAGGAAAUGGUUCAAGUAAGAGACAAAAGACCACUGUUUCUGAUGCGGACGUUGAAUCUAACGGUGCCCCUCGUACUUCAACUACCAUGAGAUUGAGCAGACUAGAAAGCUUGAGUGAACCAUUGUCCAAAUCAGAGGUCUCUAACAACCGAUAUGGAGGAGCGCUAUCUGGGGAGGAGAUGAAUGCAAAACAAAUUCCUGAUAAAUCUGCAGUCAGAAGAUCUGAUAGACUGAGCAAGAUAUACAACUGAUUUGGAAGAUGCCCAGAAGCCACUAACAAUUGAAAUGGAAAGGAACUCACUUUGUUUGAUGGGUGCUCCUGAAAAAUACUUAAAAGGAUGAGGAAAAGCUAUGAGAUAAAAGUGCUUGUUGGUGAUUUGCGAUAUUUUCAUGUGGUUUCCAAUAAUGCUCACUAUUACUUCCGAUGUUGUCGCCUAGCUUUUGGUUUUCUAGGCAAUCUGCUUUAUAGGAAAGAUUUGAGUUAUUUUGUCGAAAGUUCCUAUGGGACGUGAAAGUUGGGGAACCUGUUAUGAAACAUUUCGAUACUGUUUUAGUUAGUUUCAAGGCCUUAUGUAAAUUGUUGAACUUGUUUAUCAAAAUGGAAGUCUUGAUCGCUUGAGUUUGCAGUAA